AUGACGACGACGUGUGAUUUCCCGAUGGAAUUUCUGACGCUUGAGGCGGAUUUUGUCGAGAAUAAAAUGGCAAUUAACAAUAGUAUUAGUGAUAUUUUACGUGGUGGAGCGAAUACGGUCUUACACGCGUCACAGAGUGCUCAUGCAAAUGUCGUCGAAGCUCAACGUUGUAUAAAACUCAUGACAGUUGAAAUACGCGGUCGAUCGCCCAAUUUAAGAAAAUCCAUGCAAACAAAGAUUAAUUUGUAUCGAGAUGAAUUACAAGGUCUUGUUCGUGAUUUGGAACGUGCGCAGCUCAUGGCACGAGACGAAAACGCGACAUCUCGUACUGUAAAUCAAACGUCGCAAUACGAACGGCUAAUCAAGAACAAUGACCGUUUAACCAAAUCGUCCAAGAAAUUACAAGACAUGCAUCGGAUUGUGACUGAGACGGAAGAAGUUGGCAUUACUGUAUUGGAUACAUUGGCACAGCAGCGUGAAGGUCUUUUAGGUGCUCACGAAAAAGUACGUGAGACAGGGGCAAUGACCAUUGAAGCGCGUCGGAUUUUGCAGCGUUGUAAUGCAGUCACGUACAUAGUUGAAGUGCAUUGUUAUAAUAGCUAG